UGGCGGCGCCCAUCUUGUUCGGCAUGCAGAUUUGACAGAUAGUUUUUAAUCCAAUUGUUUUGUAUUUGUCAUGUAAUUCUCCUCAUUUUGUGCAUGUAUGGGUGAAGCACACCAAAGAGCAGAGGUUGUCUGGUCCCUGUCUAUAUAUAGGUAAACAAGAUGAUGACUUCUAAGACACUGACAUGGAGUGCUUUAAAAUAUUUGAGAUCGAAGGUCAACAAUGUCAACUCUUGUCGCUACAUCUUCAGUAAAACAGGACGAUGGGAUAAGGCAUUCAAUCUAGAUGUCCGUCAAUCUCUGGAAUCAUACUGGCAUCCAAUACUUAACCAACAAAAUGCAUCAAAACAUCUGAAACAAGAUCAGAAAAAGAAUGAUCGACCAAAGUAUUAUGUCCUGUCCAUGUUUCCAUACCCGAGUGGCAAGUUGCACAUGGGACACGUCCGGGUGUACACCAUCAGUGAUGCUAUGGCGAGAUACCACAGGCUCACAGGGAAGGAGGUGAUUCACCCUAUGGGGUGGGAUGCUUUUGGUCUGCCUGCUGAGAAUGCUGCAAUAGAAAGAGGGGAAAGGCCGGAUGUGUGGACCUACAGCAAUAUUGAAAGCAUGAGGAAACAGCUGGACGAGCUGGGCUGUAGUUUUGACUGGGAGCGGGAGCUCGCAACUUGUCAUCCUCAGUACUAUCGAUGGACACAGUACAUAUUCCUGAAGAUGUUUGAAGCUGGGUUGGUUUAUCAGAAAGAAGCUGAAGUCAACUGGGACCCCGUGGACCAGACUGUGCUGGCAGAUGAACAGAUCAGUGAUGAGGGGUUGUCAUGGCGAUCCGGAGCAAAGGUGGAGAAGAGAUACCUCAGACAGUGGUACAUCCGCACUACAGCCUAUGCUAAGAGUCUUUUGGACGGCCUGGAGGAAGUGAACUCUGACCUGUGGAAAGAUGUGGUCCAGCUACAGAGACACUGGAUCGGAGAGUGCAAUGGCUGUCGGUUUGAUUUCAAACUCAAGCUUGAGGGGGAGGAGCUCCCAGAACCCUUGUCUGUGUUCACAGACUCCCCCGAGUUGGUGUACGGCACGUCCCACAUCUGUCUCUCCCCACAACACAGGUUCAACAGCCCACAGUACUGCCAGGAACGUGAAAGGCAGGAGUGUGACACUGUUGCCAUGGUAACAAGACUUCGGGCAGUGCACCCCCUGACGGGCAAGGAGCUCCCAGUAGUGGUUUCAGAGGCUGUUCAGUAUGAUGAAUACAAUGAUACACAUAUGGGUAUUCCCAGUAAGAGUGAAGUGGAUCGGCGUGUAGCUGACAGUCUGGGACUUGACUGGACGACUGUGUCUGACGUAACACGAGGAACUGUUGUCAACUCACAGGAGUUUUCAGGUCUCACAACGGAUGAAGCAAGAAAGGCUAUCAUGGAACGUGCCAAGGCACUUGGUGUUGGCGGCCAUGCUGUCAGUGCACGUUUGAGGGAUUGGCUCAUCUCUCGACAGAGGUACUGGGGCACCCCCAUACCCAUAAUACACUGUCCCAACUGUCGGGCAGUGCCUGUUCCUGUGUCAGACCUUCCCGUGGAGCUGCCAGUGGUCACUCAGCUGACUGGGAGGGGGGCGUCGCCUCUAGCAACUGAUGACCAGUGGGGGAGUGUUCAAUGUCCAAAAUGUGGCGGCCCCGCCCGGCGCGAGACGGACACAAUGGAUACAUUUGUAGACUCCUCCUGGUAUUUCCUGCGUUACCUUGACAACCACAACACACAGGAGCCGUUUGGUCGAGACCUGGCGCACCGCUACAUGCCGGUCGAUCUCUAUAUUGGAGGCAAGGAACAUGCUGUCCUACAUCUGUACUUUGCUCGAUUCUUCAACCAUUUCCUACAUGACCUUGACCUUGUUCCUCAGCGUGAACCCUUCAUCAACCUCUUGACCCAGGGCAUGGUGAUGGGGCAGACCUUCAGGGUCAAGGGCACUGGUCGCUAUAUACAGCCAGGGGACAUAGAUUUCUCAGCCAGCAAGCCGGUGGAGAAGGGUUCAGGGAGCCAGGUGGUGAUGGACUGGGAGAAGAUGAGCAAGUCCAAGCACAACGGUGUCGACCCUCAGGAGAUGAUGGCUGAGUUUGGGAUUGACUCUACCCGUCUGUGUAUUCUGUCCAACGUUGCCCCGCAGUCACACAGGAAGUGGUCUAGUGAAGAGUUCAAGGGCAUUUUACACUGGCAGGGCCGAAUGUGGGCCCUUGUGGCUGACCUGAUCGAACAGAGCAAGGGAGAUAACUCCCGUGAACCAUCACAAGAGGACAUAGACAAAGUGAACAUGUUUAUGUUUGAGAACAGGAAUUACUUCCUGAAAGAGGUCAACUUCCAUAUGGGGAAGACCUUUCUUCUGAAUGCUGCCAUAUCUCGCCUGCAGGGCCUGACAAAUGCUCUCAAGAAAGUCCAGCCCUCCCUGAUGCGUCGCAGUGCCCAGUUCGAGCGUGGUCUGUGUGACCUGGUGGUGAUGAUAGCACCUCUAGCACCCCACCUGGCAUCCGAGAUGUGGGCGGGGCUGGCCAGUCUCCCCAACAAACACAAUCAUCACUACUGCUGGGACAAGAGUGUGCUGGACCAGGUUUGGCCGGACGUGGACCAAGAUUACCCUCUACCCCUCUUCAUCAAGAUCAAUGGACAGGAAUCCAGCCAGGUUUUUGUUGCCAGGCAACAACUAGAGGCCUUGACAUUAGAUGCAGCUCAUGACCUUGCCCGGACGAACCCUGUAUACCAGGAGUACUGUGAAGGUCGUGAGCUGGAGGACGUCCAGUAUCGUAUGGAGCCUGGGUAUGAGGCGGUGAUUGACUUCAGUGUGCCGUCCUCUGGCGAGAAGAAGGAGAAACUGAGCAGACAGGAGAAGAAAAUGAAGAAAAAAGAAAUGAAACUGAAAAAGAAAAAAAUGCAACAACAGAAUAACCCAAGUGUGAUGUGAAUGUCAAUAAAAAUUGAAUGUACACAACAUAGUUUGUUUUGAGUCCAAUUAAGGAUCAAUUACUGACCCUUUGCAAUUUUAUCCAGACAUGGUUGGUUUGUUAGUUUGUUGUUUAACGCCGCACUCAG